GCUUCCGGGUCGCGACAAAAGCUCGGGGCGAAGUGAGGAGGGGGAGGAAAGAGUCGCUUGUAGCCGGAGCCGCCGCCAUCGUCCUCGCUAUGCCCAAAGGAGGUGAGCCCGGCCGGGAGGGGAGGCCCAGGGGUCGGCCGCGGCCUUGUGGCCUGGCCCUCUGGGGUGAAGGAGGAGGCGGGAGCGGGGAGCCCCCUGCCAUCUUGGGCUCCCCUCUGGGCCGCCUGGAGGGGGGGAACUUGGGGUCUCUUGUCCUCCCUCCCUGGGGACCCUCUGAGGGGUUUGAGCGUCAUGUUGUUAGCCGCCCUGAGCCCGGCUUCGGCUGGGGAGGGCGGGAUAUAAAUAAAAAUUAUUAUUAUUAUUAUUAAGACCUGGAGGGAGGGGGCGCCUCUUCGGGGUGGGGGGGUCGUGAGGGUGAUGGCGGGAGGCUUCUCUUCUCCCUCCCUCCAAGCUGCUCCUUUGCCUGCCUUUCCGUGCGCCUUGGAAACCCUUCUUGUUCUGCCUUUGGACAAGGCGCUGGUCCGGGUAUUUUUUUAACUAAAAAUAAAAAAUACGUGUUUUGUUAUAGAACGGUCUGCGCUGCUGUUUUCUAAUCGUCAGCCUAACGACUCAUGGUGCUUUUUUUUGAUGAUCCACGAGCUGCCUCCCGAUGGGGCUUGCGGUGAAAGGCAGCUUAGAAAUGCCGGGAAGAAAACGUUGGCGUGGGGUGAAUGCAUUCAGUGGGCUCUGUCCUGAUGAUACUCUUUCCCCGCAACUUUUCACCAAAUCACGACAUCUGGAAACCUUCCCUAACAGUAGCUAUAAGGUACCAGGCUGCCUUAGAUUCCCCGCUGCGGUUUGAGCAUCAGGCAGUUGCAUCAGGCAAAGCGGGGGCAUGCGUACGAAAAGAAAGGGGGGGAAAAGACUCUGAUAUGCCUUCCACGUGGGAAGGAGGCUGAGGGCUGAUUCAGGCACUUGGCUUGCACAAGUAGAAGGGAAAGGGGGCGUGGAACUGCCCCUGAACUUUUCCCAUUAAAUCACAUAGUCUCCUAAGUCUCAAAUGUUGAGAAUCCAGGUGGUUCUUUUCUAUAUGACCUUCUGGAAGGCACCUGCCUGACCAGUGCUGUUAGCAGUAGGGUGCCAGAUUAAACGGUAAUUUGAGCUUGAAGGGCAAGGACUGUGGCUUGGCAGUAGAGCACCUGCUUUGAAAACAGAAGGUCUCUGAUUCAUUUCUCAGGUUAGGGCUGGGAAUAUUGGUGUAGGCAACACUGAGCUCAGUCUGAGUCUGGCUCAGUAUAUGGCUGCUUUCUUUGUUCAUGUCUUAUAGAAAGGACCAAACGUCACUGAACCAGCUUUCACUGAGCCUUACCACAGAAUGUUCCAGGUUCAAUCCCUGCCAUUUCCCAAAGUUGUUGUUGUUGUUCUUACUCCCUGCCGUCUCCCAAGGUGGUGGUUGUUUUGUUGUUGUUGUAUUUAUUAAAUCUGUUAGUCUCUUUAUCUUGCCCAAGGUAACCCAAAGCAACUUGCAGCCAAACAAACAAAACCCCAUAUAGAUACAUUAAAACAGUGUGUGUUUGUGUUACAUUAAAAAACAUCCCACACACUUCUAAAAGGCCACAGAUAGUUUAAGGCCAAAGGCUUAAUUAUUUAAAAAAAGUUUCUGCCUGGCAUCUAAAGAUAUAUAAAGAUGGUGCCAGAUGAGCUUUCCUGGGGAGAGCAUUCUACAAAUAGGAAGCCACCUCAGAAAAAGCCCGUUAUUGUGUUGCUGCCCUCCAGAUCUCUCAUGGAAGGGCCUCAGAUAGAAGAGCCCCCUGUCUGCAACCCUAGAGACCUGCUGCCAGUCAGUGUAGAUAAUAGUGAGGUCAAUGGUCUGACUUGGUACAGUGGUACCUCAGGUUACAUACGCUUCAGGUUACAGACUCCGCUAACCCAGAAAUAGUACCUCGGGUUAAGAACUUUGCUUCAGGAUGAGAACAGAAAUCGCAUGGUGGCGGCGCGGUGGCAGCGAGAGGCCCCAUUAGCUAAAGUGGUAUCUCAGGUUAAGAACAGUUUCAGGUUAAUAACAGACAUCCAGAACAAAUUAAGUUCUUAACCCGAGGUACCACUGUAUAAGGUAGCUUCCCGUGUUUGAUCCAGUAGUGCUGCUCUUCCGAGUUUUUCUGAUCAUUUACCUGCAACCUUGUGUAAUAUACCCCAUAAACACUUUCCAAAAGCCUCUGUAUGAAAUUGCAGGCCAAAAGCUAACAGCAAGACUUUUUAAAAAGGAAACCCUCUGGAUAGUCCUCACCUCGAGAGAGGAGUGGAGGUCAAGAUAGGAGCCCCUGAGAGGUUGAGGGGGUUGAGUCUAAUCAGUAUAUAAUUAUAGUCCUUUUGAGAAGAGCUCAAAGCAGGCUGCACAUAAUAGAUUUGUCCUUACAACAGAGCUGGGGAACCUCCAUUAUUUAGACUACAACUCCCACCAUCCCUUUCCAUUGACCAAGUUGGCUGGAUUGAUGAGAGUUCUCCAGUGACAUCUGGAGAACCACAGGUCCCCCAACCCAACCUUUUGAGUAAGCCUGUGUUGUUUUCAACAUGAGAAGAACAGAUUGAACAAGGGAAGCCAGUGGACACUUGGCUAGAUUAGGGGCUUGUUUUGUACUGGAGGCUACCAGCUCGUGCCUUUCAUUCUUAACCACCAGCAGCAGCAGCAGCUGAGGGAGGAAACAGAAGCAGUCAUCUUGCAUUGAUGAGUGCUGAUGCUAAUUUGUGUGUGUGUGUCAGUUUCGGUGAAUUGAUGCAGAGCUUAUUGUACGUCAUUUCUGAAUGAAGGUUAUCGUGGCUAUUGUGCAUUUAGCUAAAUUGGUUGGUUAAAAACGACAGCGUCCCUAAUUCUUCAGAAGGGAAAGGUGUAUAUAUGAAGUUGAAAAUUCUGCCCGUCUGAAGCGGUGGCACAGAGCCAGGAGGAGGAGACUGCAAUAGACAGAGAAAAGAAACUGAUAGCUUGGCUUUCGCCAGACCUUUUUUAGUGAAGAUGGAGGCAUGACUGAGCUUGUUGCUGCCUCUCCCCCCCCCCCCCCCAGUGGAGAGGCUGCCUUGCCACUGCAUAUUCAGCACAUGACUGGUUGCAUGAACAGGAGAGGAAGAACAAGCAAGUCCCGAAGCUGCACCACACCCAGUUUGAACUAUUUCCAAGGGAUUCUGCCAGGAUGUCUUUCUUGAAUGCUAGCUUUUCCAUAAUCAGGGUUUCCUAGUGGUGGCUCUUGGAUUCUCUGCCUCUCUGGAUCUCCAAAAGGAGCACGAUGAGGUUUGCCACUGAAGCAUGAUGACAUCCUGAAGGAAAUGGAAGCUGCAGUACCCGGUGCUCUCUCAGUGCAGCAGAUCUGGCCAAUAGUACAAGAGCAAAGCAUAGUUCAAAAAACGACAAGGCAGGAGAUGGCUAGGCUACAAACACUGAGCAUUUAUGGCUGGGGUGCUGGAUAUCCAUAUUUGAAACAACAGAAGUGUUUCAGGAAUUGCUCUGUUGGGUCGGAACAAAGGUCCAAAUUAUCCAGUCUUCUGUUUUUCAUAGGGUACUUUCCAGACUCCCCAUGGAAGUUUACCACUAGGGCAUGAAAGCAACACGCCCCCUUCUUGUUUGUUCCUGGUUCCCUGGUAUUCUGUGUUAAAUUGCUUCUGAACAUGGAGGAUCUAUUCAGCUAAGAACCGUUGCUUGACCUAAGUUCUUUGCAUUUGAUCAUUUUCAAAGCCACAUAGCAUCUUGCGGUAGCAACUUCCAUGUGCGUUGGAGGAUGCAGCUCCCAAAUGUGGGUUUGUUUGUUUGGUUUUUUUAAAAGCAACCUAAGUGUCAGGGUUGUGUGACAGACAAACUAGCUUGCGUUAACCAGUUAGCAGUAAGAGGUUUUGUGUGGCCAGUUGGAAUUAAAUUAAUGAAGCUUCACCCAACGCGACAGAUGUCUUUCUCUGGGUCAGGAAUAGUCAACAUGGUUCCAGAUGCUGUAUAGGACUGCAUCUCCCUCCAUUCCUGGCCAUGCUGGCUGGACAGCUCCACCUCCAGACAAAAAAGAUAGUGGCAGAGAGGAGGUGUUUACCGUAUUUUUCGUCCUAUAGGGCGCACCGGCCCAUAGGACGCACCUCAUUUUUUGGGGGGAGGAAAUGAAUAAAAAAAAAUUAUCCCCCCCCCCACCGCGGCUGCCGCCCCAAGCCUUGCGCACACCUGCCCGAAGCACGGGGCACCCUCCGGAGGGCUCCCCAUGCUUCGGGCGACAAGCUGCCACCCCAAGCCUCGCGCGCUCGGCGGGACCUCCUGCCGGGGGCGCAAGGCUUGCGGACACUCGCCCGAAGCACGGGAAGCCCUCCGGAGGGCUCCCCGGGCUUCGGGCGACAAGCUGCCGCCCCAAGCCUCGCGCGCCGGCGGGACCUCCUGCCGGGCGCGCAAGGCUUGCGGACACUCGCCGGAGCUGCAGGCUGCUGCCCGCAAGCCUUGUGAGCCCGCGGUAACUCCCACCAGGCUUGCAAGGCUUGUGGAUAGCUUCCUGAAGCCUGGAGAGCGAGAGGGUCGGUGCGCACCGAUGCCUCUCGCUCUCCAGGCUUCAGCGAAAGCCUGCAUUCGCCCCAUAGGACACACACACAUUUCCCCUUCAUUUUUGGAGGGGAAAAAGUGCAUCCUAUGGGGCGAAAAAUACGGUAUUUCCCCUAACCUCACAUUUUUAGAUUAACCUUGUAUUGCUCCCGCCCCUCUCAGCUCUCUUUGCAAUUGUUUUAGUUUUGGCUUUGUGUCUUUCUGUCCUGAGACCUUCAAGUGAAGGGGAGCAUUGCCUGUAAAUGCGGUGAGUAAAUUAUAGAGCAACACAACUGACACAGCAGCUUUGAGCUACGAGGGAAUGAAACAGUGACUGCUCAUCCUUGUUCAGUAUGUGGCACAUAAGCAGCCUGAAAUCUUUGUUUUUCCCCAUAUUUUUUUUUAAAUCCAGUUCCCACUGUUUGUCCGUUGUAGGCAGAUUUGCUCACAUGAGCACAAUCUUGAAUUCUACCUCGCAUUAGAAUUCCCAGUUUCAUAUGGGUCUACUCAGAUGUAAGCCCCACUGGGUUUAAUGGUAUUAUUCUCAAAUAAGUAUUCAGAGGAUUCCACCCCCACCCACCUCUCCAACUAACAGAAUAGUGCGGCUACUCUUCUGGAAAGCAAAUGAAAAUAGUUCCUUUCUGACUUUGGUGUGCUACAUACAUGCACACAGUAGAAGCUGAGCUGGGGAGCUUGCUUAUAAUCCAUUUACUUUUAUCAAAUUAUAUACAAAUAAUACAGAUCAGGCACAGGGAACUUGUGUCCAUCCAGAUGUUGUUGGGAUCCAGCCGCUGGCUGGGCUGACAGGAAUUGUAGUCUAACAACAUCUGGAAGGGACCCCUUAUUCCCCUUCCAGAGCUACAGUUCCCAGCAUUCCCUGGGAAGAGGGAUUGACAGUUAAACUAUCCCAGAAGCUGUAUUUUGUCUGAUGGGAAUAGCGGUCUUCUAACAUCUCUCAGCAGCUUUAACAAACUACAGUUCCCAGGAUUCUUUAGGGGAAGCUUUGACUCUUCCAAGUGGUAUGACACAGCUAUAAAUGUGGCGUUGCACAUGCAGCCUGACUGUAUGGAACAGCUGUGGGAUUUGUAGUUGGCCUGCAGCCCAGGGCAUGAGUCAGGCAGUGAGGGGAAGACAGGGAUGCUGUGACUCCCGAUCCUACAGGAAGGCUGUGGACAAGCCAAGUGGGGGGCCGUCAUGGCUUAGAAUUCCAUGCUGAGCAAUGGGUUGAGCGGUGAUGUGUCCAGGAUGAGAUGGAAAGGACCCCUUUGACUCCCUGCUGGGAAGAAUGACGAGGUUUGGAGGGAUGAUAGAAGGUUUUAAAGAACCAGGAAUGCUGGGACUCGCCAACUGAAAAGUUCUUCAGCCUUUCUUUGGUUUGAGCUUUCUGUCCCCUCAAGCCAGCCUUCCUCGUACAGUCAUACCUCUUGUUACGUUUGCUUCAUGAUACAUUUUUUUCAGGUUGCGUCCCGCGGUGACCUGGCAGUACUGGAAAGGGUUUCUUCCGGGUUUCGCCACUCGCGCACAGACGCGCAAAAUGAUGUCAUGCGCAGAAGUGGCAAAUCACGACCCGCACAUGCGCAGAUGCAUGUUGCGUUCCUUUCAGGUUGCGAACAGGGCUCCGGAACGGAUCCCGUUCGCAACCAGAGGUACCACUGUAUUGCAGGACUUCUGCCAAGUUACCAAUCACUAUGAAUAUAUAUGUAGAUACCUCAAACCCUUCAUCAGCCCCAGCCAACAUGGCCAAUAGCGGGGAUGAUGGGAGUUGCAGUCCAACAUCUGGAGGGCACCAGAUCGAGGAAGGCUGCCACCUGUGGUUGCAUGUGGUUUUUAUCCCCUGGAUGCUAAAUGAAGGAACCACCGGUUCCCUCAUCCUUCAUGCUCUGCAGGAAGUCAUGUUUUUAUAUAUGUUGGAAGCCACCCAGUCAGAUGGGCAGGGUAUGAUGAAGAUGAUGAUGAUUGGCUGCUGGGACAUUCUAGGGCAACCUUUCCAGCCUAGUGCGUUCCAAACAUUGAUGGACUUCAACUCCCAUCAUCCACAUCCAUUAGUCAUGCUGGCUGGUGCUGAUGAAGAGUUGGAGUCUACCUGUUUCAUUGCACAUGGCUGGCAACUGGGCAGAAGGGGCAGAACACUGGACUGCCUAGGCAUUUUGGUCUGGUCUUGCUUGGUUGACUGCAACAAGCCAAGAGCGAGAAGACGAGGACAACAGCGGCUGUCUGAAGUCGUAUUAUUAUUAUUUAUUAUUUUAUUGUUUGCUAUAUGUUAAAUUUGCAUACUGCCCUACACCAGUAGGUCUCAAAUCCCUAAACUGGCUCUUUCCUUGCAGGUAGGAAAGGAGGCCACAAAGGCCGGGCACGGCAGUACACAAGCCCCGAGGAGAUUGACGCUCAGCUCCAAGCAGAGAAACAAAAGGCCAAGGUAAGUGGGUGUCUGCUGCAGUUUUCACAGGACCGGGGUAACAAUAGCAGGCACGAGUUGAACUGUGAGAUGGGAAGUUGCCUGGUUCACCCUUUCCUUUGACACAGGCACACGAGUUCUUCUCUCAGCCUCCCAUCUGCAAAAACGGGGAUUUAGAAAAAGGACUUCUACAUUUUUCAUAUUGAGAGUGUCACGGUCCGGUUCACAGGCGAUCAAAGUCCCGGCUGGGGACAUCGGGACCGGGGGCAAGAUGGCGGGGUGGGAGCAGGUACAGGAGUCCAGGAGUCAGGAAGUCAAGGGUCUGAGGAUCAAGAAGUGAAGGAGUCAAGGAGCCAAACGCAGCAAGGCAGGGAACGUGUUGCUAUGGCAAAGAGCCUAAGGGAAAUGCUGACCUUAUAUCCCGUCCUGGAUCUUGCCACCAGGUGCUGUGAGUUACCAAUCGGCCUCACCUGUGCAGCCGUGCCUUGCCUCUUCAGAACAAACUUAGGAAGGCCCCAGGCCUGCAAAGUCCUACUGGUCACAGGGCCUGGCUCCCGCACGCACUCCCGACAGAGAGAAAACCUUAACGUUGGGCAAAGGCUUGCAACAUAUUUAUUAGCAUUGACCUUUUACCUUUACUCCAAGGAGAUGCUGAGGAUAGGUACUUAGUUCAUCCUUAUAAUAACCCCUUGCAGUACAGCACACUAGAAUUGAGUGUCUGUCUCCAGGUCACCCUGUGAGCUUUGUGGCUGAGUGGGAAUUUGAACUGAUGUUUCCUCAGACCAACUUUCUCACUACUACACACUCGCUCUCAAAUGCUUAAUUAUUGCUUACAGAAUCCAAUGAAUUUGGGCUACCUCUGAGAGGACACUUUGCCUGCCCUCCUUUGCACAUGUCCAUACCUCUGGGACAGAACAAGAUGUAAAAAAAUAAAAGAGCAGUAUUAGAUCUAUAGUCCACUAUCCUUUGUAAGGAGGUCAGGGCAGCAUAAAUGGUAGGUUAGGUUUAGAGGAGGCGGUUGGUCCAGAUCAUCCAGUGAGCUUCGUGGAUGAAGAGCAGUUCGAGGAGCAGUCCUACUCGCACUGUAACUUCUACUCUGUGGUCGCCCUGCACGGAUAAUGCUUUUCACUUCCACAGGAGGAGGAGGAAGCAGAGGAAGGCGGCGAUGGGGCAACAGGAGAACCCAAAAAGAAGGAGAAAUCGCUAGAUUCAGACGAGAGCGAAGAGGAGGAGGAGGACGAUGAAGACUACCAGGUACUAUCAAGAUGUUCCGUGGAAGGAUGCUCAGUUCGUGUUAAUCCUUGAAAUUCAGGUCAUUUCUCAUCCAGCUGAUUGCUGCCAAGUUCUUCACCCUGGAGGGCUGUUUUUCUUCCAGAGGAGCUCAUACAGGGCUGAAGGUGGUUCUCUAGAUGUUUUUGUAUGGCCCUGAGGACUCCCCCAAAGCCAUGCCCCCUCCCCUUUGCCAACCUGCUCCACCCCAUCUUUGUGUACUUCUGACUAGCUGGGAGAUGCCCUCAAGCUGCACUAGAGAAAGGGGGAGGUGCAUAGAAAACUCGUGAGUUAUGUUUUGCUGAAAUAGGACCUACUGUACGAAGCUGAGAAACCGCAUCCAUUUCCCCACCUGCUUUUUUUCUGGCCCUCACCAACUGCUGGGAUGUGGCCCCCUGGAAGAUUCCCGUAAGAGAGAAUUUGGGCUGAAAAAGUUCCCCCACCCCUGUCUCUCUUGGGAUGCAUUGAUAACAUAGCAGGAAGCAGGGGCAGCGGAGAGGGAAGGGAUGAGCAGUUUUUCCAGAGAGAACCCAGCAACCAAGUGGAGAAGAGCCCACCAACCCAGUUCAGAUAACCAUCUGCUGCAGUGGGCUAGGGCAAUCCUUGAGAAGGUUGUUGUAGGGGAAACAUGAGUUGGCUUUUGCAGCCCAACUCCCCAAGGGCCUCUGAAUCCCCUAAGUCAGAGGUUUCCAACCUUUUUGAGUCCAUGGCUCCCUUGACCAACUGCAUUCUUUCUGCGGCUCCCCUGUGGGGCUCAGGAGCCCAGUUAUGUCAGCCCUUGCCUGCAGAGUUGGCAGCCUCUCACCCUCAGCCUCCUCUCCUCUCCCUUCUACUUGGGAGUCCUCCAGGCAGCCGAUGCUGUUGCCCCUGGUCUCAGCUGCCCCCCAAAGAGAGGCCCCUCCUCACACUGCCCCACAGAGACCUGGGUCUUGUCUGUCCAUUCCCAACAGCAAGGGCUGGCAGACUAGCUGGCUGGCCUGCUUGCUUGCUUACUCUGAGGCCACGUCAGCUCCUGGCAACCAGCACCCCCUGACCAGCGCCAGAGGCACCAUUCUCCUACGGAGCUUGUGGCUAGGGCUUUUGCAACAAGAGCUGCACAAGCCUUCAGGAUGCAGAGGUGUGAGAGAGCUUCAGAGGAAGGAGGGAAGGAAGGACAGACAGAGGCCAAUGUUGCCCACAGCACCCCUGACCAUCAUUCAAGGCACCCCAGGGUACCAUGGCACACUGGUUGAAAACCACUGCCCUAAGUCCAUGAUCAGUCAGAGAAGAAUGGAUGGAGGCAGGAACUAGUAAAAGGAAAGCAAGGGAGAUCUUCAUUUUCCUGUUGCAACAGCCCCCCCCAACUUUGCAAGGAGGUGAGGACCCCAAACAAAAGUGUGUAACAGCUUUUAGAGAUUUUAGAAAUUGUCCAACCCCUCAGGCAAAGCAUCUCCACCCCCAUCAUCCUGCCCAGACACCGAGGUCCAGUGCCGAGGGCCUUCUGGUGGUUCCCUCACUAUGAGAAACGAAGUUACAGGGAACCAGGCAAGAGGGCCUUCUCGGUAGUGGCACCCGCCCUGUGGAAUGCCCUCCCAUCAGAUGUCAAAGAGAACAACAACUACCAGACUUUUAGAAGACAUCUGAAGGCAGCCCUCUUUAGUGAAGCUUUUAAUGUUUGAUGCAUUAUUGUAUUUUAAUAUUUUGUUGGAAGCCACCCAGAGUGGCUGGGGAAACCCAGUCAGAUGGGCGGGCUAUAAAUAAAUUAUUAUUAUUAUUAUUAUUAUUAUUAUUAUUAUUAUUAUAUCACACACCGCCGUAAGCUUUUACAUGUUGUUUGUUCCACCCACCUGAAGUUGCCGCUGCUCACGUUCCCCUUCUUUCAUUCCAGCCAAAGCACAAAGGCGUGGAAGGCAUGAUAGAUAUAGAGAAUCCCAACCGCGUUGCACAGACAGCCAAAAAAGUAACUCAGAUAGAUAUGGAGAGCCCCAGGGAAUUGUCGCGGAGAGAACGGUAAGGUGUUUUCCUCGCCUCUGGCGUGUGGGAUUCUCCGGGAAGUGUUGCUCGGGGUGUGUAGAAGUCUGGGAGCCUGUGGUUCCCUGCUCCCUAUUUUGGGAACCUGCAGACUGUCAAGGAGCAAUUACUGGCCUGUCCCAGAGCAAAAUGAGGAUAAAUUGUGUUUUAACGCCCUUCUGCAUGCCAACGCAGCUGUGCUGAGUGAAGCAGCCCUGAGUAGUCACCUCUUGGCUGACUGAUACACUACGGACAUGGUGCAUUCACCGUCUUAGUAGAUCUGUCCAUAUUCUCGCCUUUCUGCAUGUGUGCCUUUAUCGGAGGCUGCCAGAGAGGAACUGUGUCGGGAAUACAGUGGCCUGCAAAAUACAAGACACUGGAGAGAUUGGGGAGCAACAGGAAGGCACUAGUUGCUAUCCCAAUUAUUUGACUUGCUCUUCAGGGGGCAAAACCCAGGGGCGCUGGCUUCCCAGGGCAAGCACCUCCCCAUGCGGAAAGAAGUCAGCAGAGUCGCUGUAUGGCUGCUCUGAUAGUUACUUUUCAAGGUCUCAGGCAGUGAGAUGGUCUUUUACUAGAACUGCUGCUCCAGAGUGGGGGGGGGGUCCACCAACCCUGUGGACACAUCUGGAAACCUGAGAAACCAUCAUGGGCAGCAAUUACCCACCUCCCCAAGUGUCCCGCACCCCCAGAUGCAAACUCUACAGCAUACUUGGCCCUCCUCCCCCAGCAAUUAGGCUUUUAAAAAAUCUGGGUUUUUGAAGCUUAAACAUCUUCCUGGAAACAGCAGCUGGAGAGAAGCGGCCAGCCCACCUGCCCCAGCCCCACCUUUGGCUUGCAAAAAGGGAGGCAAUAGAAGAUUUUUCUCAGGUGUGAUUGUGUGGCACGAGAAAACAUUUGGCAGUGGGGGGAUUACUGGUGUCCCCCAUUAAAUCUCCCCCGCAAUGUGCACCACAAUUAGGCUUGAAAGAUUCUUUACGUUGAAGCUUCUUUCAAACCUCAUUGCCGUGGAAGCAGGGUGGCAGCUGGGAAAGGCAGAAUUAACCUUUCUCCAGCUGUGGAUAGUUCCACAUGCCCACCUCCAACUCAUUUUGGUUUGGAAAAACAGCAAGGCCAAUUGCGGAGGGGCUGGGGGUACCAGAGGUGUCUGUGGCAACCUGCACACAAGAGACGGAAACUGUGAUUUCUGCAUGCAGAGGAGGAGCUGUACCCUCUAUCUAGUGUUGAUAUCCAGAGAGUAGCCUCUCCUCUGAAUGCUGUUCAGGUGGGGAAGCAGGGCAGGUAGAGGGACAUAAAAGUGUAACCCAUCUGCUGCCAUCUGCCUUAUUGCAGGGCAGAUUUGAGGGUAAACCAUACGUGGAAUGAGUCUGCUCCUGUGGCUUGAUGGAGGUAGAAACUGUCUCUCAUACUUUGUUACGCUGCCGUUUCUACGGGGAUAUAUGCUCAGUAUUUAUUACCCCUGCUAUGCAAAAAUCUCCAAAUGAAUCCGAACUUCAGUGUCUAAAAUCCCUGAAAGAAGACAAGGAUCCUGAGAUCAUGUUAAGGAUAGCCAAAUUCUGUGCGAUUGCCAUAAAACUUAGGGAACAAGCUGCGCUAUCAUCAUGAUUAAGGUUUUAAAUGAUAAUUUUAGGUUAUAUGUUAGUGACUAAGUUUUAAUUUAUAUAUUUUUAAACUGUUGCUAUAUCUGUAUUGUCCCUGUUACACCUGAUUGCAAAUUCAGAUGUAGCCCUGUUUGUGUUUUAUGACUUCCUUGAUAUUCUAUUUGGGCUGGAACUGGUCUGGGACCGAAAUAAUAAAAUUCAAUUCAAAAGUGUAAGAGCCCUGCUGGGUGAGCUUCAAAGGUCCACUUAGUGCAGCAUCCUGUAUCUCCCAGGGGCCAAGCCAGAAGCUUCCGGGACGACCAUCAGCAGGACAUAAAGGCAGGUGCCUCCCCCUUGCGGUGGCUCCCUAGCAAAUGGCUCCCUAGCAAACGGUGGCCUCUGAUAAUGGCAGCAGCAUAAUGCAAACGGAUGGGACGUUGUCACAUCCUCAAGUUCAAUUGUGGUUCUGCUUAGGGAUAUUCCAGGUGCAGGCAAAAGCCUCCUCGGGCAGAUUUCCAGGUCUCCUUUUGGCCCUCCGUUGCCUCCUUUAAGCUGUGCUUGUGUCCGUGUGGGAAGGAGUGCCUUCUGAACUCUGAUUAAAACCUCCUUCGCCGGAUUGUUCUUUUGCUCAAAACAGAGAAGAGAUUGAGAAACAGAAGGCAAAAGAGAGGUACAUGAAGAUGCACCUCGCCGGGAAGACAGAGCAGGCCAAGGCAGACCUCGCCCGACUAGCCAUCAUCCGGAAACAGAGGGAAGAGGCGGCCAAAAAGAAAGAGGAAGAAAGGAAAGGUAAGGAAGACUUGGCCUCCUCAAGGCUGUUCCUCCCCCCAAACACACCCACCUGCGAGAGAGGCAGCUGCCAGUACACCACGUGGACCUUAAAAUGUACCCCCAAUUGUGCACUGGCAAGGGGGAGAAAGCUCAACUCUCCCUCCCCUCAGCCCAAGCCUCUGGCCUCUGUAAGAGGUCACUGCGCACAGAGUUUUGCAAGCCCCGUGUUGUGCUCUGAAGUCCCGCCUUCUGGUGCCAUUGUGCCAUCAGGUGACUGACAGGUGAGUGGCUCUGCUCAUCUAGGAUCAGGCCCACAGACCCCAAAAAGUAACCCACCACCUCUUUAAUAUAGAGCCCCUUCCUGGCAGGAACUUAGGGAGCUGCCUUUUACGUUGACCAGUAGUGGCUCCCUCGCUUCAGGCUUUUUCUAGCCUGCUGCCCAGGUGCAAGGCGGCUGUGAAGUUUACAGAGAAGUGACAUUCUUUGCAUGUCCCGAAGGAGCUGUUUAAAUGUCAAGCAUCGUGAACUAUUAGCAUUUUACACAAAAUGAUUGCACAGUAACUACUUUUGUGGAGGGGAGAGAGAAAUUUUGGGGCUGUUGUUAUGUUGGGAGUAAAAUGUUAAGACUUGAAGCAGAGGACUGCUGUGUUUGAGCCACUCCCAUGUGUGAAGCAACUCUGUGCCCAAAUAACUUUAUUCAUCUCACCUCCUUCAAGAGGGGGCCAUAAAUUCCUUGCAUGCACCCAAGCCUCAACUUUCAGGUUAGUCCCUGCCCUGGAGCCUUGUAUAACUGCUGCCUGCCAGAGUGGACAAUAUUAGGGCCUGAUGGGCCAUCUCGGCACGAGGCAUUUUUCCAUAUGCUUGUGUAUUGAGCAGAAAUAAGCUGUGUAUUUUGGGGGGAGGGACCAGCUUUGCUGAACAGGAUCCCCUGUAAUCUAGUUGGCUCCUUGACGAAAAGCAGCGUUUCUCAGCUUGCAGAUCAGGGUGUGGGAUCAAAAGCCAAGAAAACUGGUCUCAGUGGAUCUCCUUACUUCAUUACUACUGACCCUUGGAUAUGACCUGAUCGGUAGUUGCAGGAAAAAGUAGUAUUUUAAUCACCAGUGCUGGCUUGGUAUUUUUUUGCCCCAGCUUUCUCAGUCUGGGGCAGCAGAGGGAGGGUGGUCUGUAAAGACUGCUGCCUUACCUCUAGUUCAUGAGGUGGUGAGGGUUUCUUCCUAUUUUUUCCUGCUCCUCCAGAAAUGUGGGCCUGUUCUUUGCAGCCAUGGGAGCAUCCGUAACCCUCCCCCAAGUUUUAUACUUUUUAAAAAGGCCUUGCAUCACUCAGCAGCCUCCUGACACUCCCCUGGAAUGUCCAUCUGGGUAACUGCUGGGCUUUAUAUCUUCACUAAUGGAUCUGUUUUCCUCCCCCACUACCCCCCCCCAGCUGCUUUAGUGACCCAAUUUCUGUUCUUCCACCCCCCACACCCCAUCUUAUUUAUUUUUUAUUGAAGAUCAUUGGUGCUGCUUCCAUAUUUUGUUAAUUCCACCGCCAGCAUUGAGAUGGGCGCAACUUUCUCCACAAUAUCUCACUUAUACACAGUACUACGGACAAGCGCAAAGCCUCUAUGGUUGUAAAGAGGCUGUGGGUCACGGGGGGGUGGGGGGGGAUGCAGCUGCCAUUCCACAUUUGUUUUCGAAAAACACACAUACAGAGAGACCAAAAAAGAAAAGAAAUACAGACUGAGGGAAAGAUGGGACUAAUUCUGGAAAGAGCGUUCUCUGGAGACCCCUGCCUUUAGGUGCCCCUUUUUUGCCUUCCCUCCCACCCCAAAUCCAAGCCUUGGCCAGGAGCGGGAUCCUGCUUGAGAGAAGUCCCAAAGGGAGGAAACUGAUGGCUCCCAUAGGGUGAAGGAAGCAACCAAGAAGCGGGGCUUCAAGGAAUGCCACCUUAAAGAGUAUAGGCUUGGGGGGAGGCGAGAGAGAAGGUUUUUUGGUGGGGGACAAGGAGAAGGAGUUGCAGCCGCUUUGACAAGUUUCAACAGCACCGGAUUCCAAGCCAAAGGAGUUGGGGGGGGUUUAUGCAGAACUGUAGAAAGGGGACUCAAAGGGGUCACAUGGUCCAAGCCCCUGCGAGGCAAUUCCUGGUUAGCUUUUAUAAACCUGUGUCUCUCUCUCCGUUUUUUUUCACCCACCAGCUAAAGACGAAGCAUCCUCAGCAGGCAAAAGACUGCAGUCCCUGUCCCUUAACAAGUAAGCGCCAGCCACAAGAGAGGAGGGAAACUUCCCAGGAACUGUGCCUGGCUGGCGCCUGCUGGGCACUCUUUGAGGCUUCACACACAGAGGAGGCGACGCCGCAGCAUGAAGAGCACGGCCAUAACCGGCGUCCUCUUCCCUCCUAAGAGACACUUGGCAGCAGCGUGUUCGUCUUCAUCUGGGCACAG